GAGACUUCAACAGAUCCUGUCCUGAAUUGAGCAGUAUGGCAGAAAAUACAAAUACAUCUCAAAGGCCUAUAAACGCAGAGUCCCAGCUGCUACUGCUGAUGUCUCUGCUGAUGAAGAGGAGAAGGAAUACAGGGUUAGAGGAAGCCUGGGCGAGGAGAGAGGCCGAGGCUCGGAGGAGGAGGAGAAGAAAAAGCAGGCUCAGGAUGUACCAGCAAAAGAGUCAACAGCAGAUUCUAAUGCUGCUACUGUUGAGAGCAAGAGAGUUCAGACGCCCCCCACUAGAAUCAUUCACCGUUCACCAGCACUGGUCGUUUCUGAAGGAUUUUGGGACCUGUGAUUGGCUUGAUCGGUUUCGGAUGUCAAAAGAUACUUUUGUUUACUUGUGUGACCAACUAAGAAGUCGCCUUCAUCGGCCAGGAUUGGCUCCUGAAGAGAAAGUGGGCAUUGCAUUGUGUAUGCUGGCAUGCCCCAAUCAGAGCUCCCUACUGUAUGCAAGGUUUGGAAUGCGACGCAAGGUCAUGUACAAGUGUUUGAAAGAGGUAUGCCAGGCUGUGGUGACUGUUCUUAAACCUAUGUACCUGCUCCCCCCUGACCAUUGUGCACUGCGUGAAAAAGCACGGAUCUUCAACGCACGCUGGGGUUUUCCACACUGUGUAGGAGCAAUAGGUACACUUCACAUACCCCUACCUACUCAGUCAGAGAGGGACGGUGAAGGCUCUCUUGUGCUGCACACAGUGGUGGACGGGCAAGGCCUGUUGUGGGAUGCUUGUGCUAUCUUUCCCAAGAGCAUGAGCAGUGCUUCCAUCUUGGAAAAUUCUGUCGUUUGGGAGCUGGCACAAGAGGGAAGGCUUCGGAGAGCACCAGAGGACACGUUCUUGAGUGAAGCUCGCAAUUACUUCUUAUUAGGAGAUGCUUCUUACCCACUUCAGGACUGGUUGCUCACGCCAUAUCCUCAGAGUAGCAGACAGAGCCAGGUCAGGUUUAACCUCCGACUGGAGCGGGCACGAAGUGUGGCAGAAAUUGCUCUUUUGCGUCUACGUGCCAGGUGGCAGUACCUUUUGGCUCCUCCAGAUUGCACUUUUCUGCCCACAUUGGCAUUGGCAUGCUGUGUGCUUCACAACAUGUGUGAGACUCAUGGGCAAAGUUUUGAUGCACAUUGGUUGGAAGGAGUUGAAACUGGAGGUUCUCCGAUCUCCACCUCCCCUGUCUGUUCCACUACUUCUGCAGACAAACAUGCAGAACGGCUACGAAAUGCCAUCUGUGGCUACUUUGAAAAUGAAGGUAACAGUAAUCUAGUCUGAAAAAAAAAAGACCUAUCUCCAUCUAAAUUGCAAGUUUAAUAGAAAAAAAGCGGGCGGAUUAUACUUGACUUCAAUGUCGCAAUCUGAUUACCUCCUGGACUAAGAAUGAAUUACAAUUCUAUAUUCAUUAUUACAACUGUGCAUUAAAAAUGCAUUACUUCCUUUUCAAAGGCAUCUAUAAUGUUUGAUUGCGCAACCUUUGUAGACACUGAAUUCCAUGUUAAUUAUAUGUAUAAUGUUUUAUAGACCACCACUGUUUUUUUUUUUUUUAUUUAUUUUUUUCUGCUGCCCAAAAUAGCACAACAUACUCAACGGACUUGUAAAUUGAUACACCAUAACCACUUACUCUUUUUAAAGAGAAAUAGGGAAAUUAUAGUCUAAUAAACCAAACUGCAUCCACCUUCAAUGCUCGGUAACAUGGAAAAAAACCUCUUUCAAGAAUGGUUAGGAUAAAAAAUAAAAAUCAUGCUACAAGUGUGUUGUGAUUAACCUUAGCCCUCCCUCCAAUGGUCAAGCUUGCAAUUUCAUGAGCCAGUGGUUUCUCACGAUAUAUAGGUUAGCUACAAAAGGUAGCACAGAGAGAAAAGAGGAAGAGUUUUCAUUCAGACAGAUGGUGACUUGUUCAAAAAUAAGGUAUUAUGCGUUAUAAAAUUAAUAUUCCUCAGCGCAGUACAACUGGUAUACAACACAAAUCAAACAAUUUGCAAUGUGACCUAAACAUUGAGUAAGAUACAGGCAUGUUCAUUCUGGCUUCUACAAUCAUUCCUUCC